AUGGUGAGGAGUGGCGAUCUUCUAGCCGAGUGUGGGCAGCAACUUCGGUCGUCUAAAUUCGACUUCGAGGUGCUGUUGGGUGCGUCCGUGGCGAGUGUGUGGCAAGCUCUGGGUCGUCAUGUGGCUCGACAGCUCUCGCUACGGAAAGGGGUUUCUCUUCAUCAAUUAGGCAAGCUCGGAUUCUACAAGACGCAGACAUCCAUGCUGUCUGCUCAACCUGUUUUCCUGCUCUCAGAUCGCCUCACUUCAACCUACGGCUUUGUAUGGCGACACUGCUCGUCACCAGCACCUCUCACAGCAACGGCAGAAGUCAGUAUGGCAGCUCUCGGAAACGAAGCUGGCCUUGGAUUGGACCAAACGCGUCGUACUUUAGAUGCUAUCGUUGCCUUUGUUGGUCAGAGGCUGCAAGGCGGUGGGUGCGUUGGUAAAUUGGUAUUACCAGGGGUCGGAACUUUCACUGUCGAUGAUAAAGCGCUAUCAUUUACGUUUGAUUCAAGUUUGCUUCGGGCGAUCACACAGAAUAAUCAAGGAGAGAUCGCUCCUCCUUCAGCAAUCUUCAGGAAGAGCCCCACUGAUCUCUUGCGGAAGAAGGCCAUGCAACUUAAAGGCGAAGGUGAAAUUACGGUACUACAGCGCUCGCUGUCACUAGAUGGACCACUUCAAACCACAAAUAAUAGAAGUAUCGAGCAAGUGUCACCAAACAGGAGACAAAUUCUACCACGUUUCCUGAUGCCGGAAUCGCGCGUGCCCCCCGACAUGCUGAAGACGCGUCCAGCUCACGAUCAGGUCAUGCAAGCUGCGUACCAGCGCGAGGUAGCCAGUAUCCGGCAGGCGAAGUGCGUAGACGUGCAAUUCAACAAGUUGCUAGCCCAUAGGCAGCGUGUCGUACAUAUUCAGGACUUGCAGAAGCGAGCAGAGGAGAGUGUGGCUCAGAAGGAGCUCAACGCCUUCCUCAGCAGCCAGAUCGAGGUGAAGCGACAUCGCUCACGUCUGAAGUCUGCCUCAGCCGACCAUAGAGCGAUCAAAAUCUUGCCGUUGGAGCGCGUGAUGGGCGACGAGAUGAAGCGAAGUGAGAAGAAGAAGCUUAACCAGCGACUGAACGAGCAGGUGGCGGCCAAGGCGGCGCUUAAGAAGGACAAACGCACGUUGGACCAAGCUGAAACAGCCUAUUUCAUCUCCAAAUUGAAGAUACAGGACGAUAUCGACCGCCACGAGGUGGCAGAGCGGAAACGCAUCGAAAAAGCGACACUCCUUGCUGGGUGGAGCCAACAGAAAGCUCUCCGCGCCCAAAAGAGCGCUAGAGGGUAG